CCUCUCUUUCCUGCUACUCCGCUGUCUUGGUGUCACCAAACCUACCUUCGACCCGCUUCAACGAGACUGCGACUACCGCCACCGCCACCACCUCCGUCACCACUGCAAGGAUUACAAACCUCAAACCGGAGCUUCUGUACAUAUCACACACCACUCACACAUACAUAUAUAUAUAUAUAUAUACACAAAACAAUCUAUAAAUAUAUAUAUAUAUAUACACAUCUAUAUGUAUAUAUACUCACCCCUUAACAUAUAGAUAUUUCGCUGAUCGUUGGCAAAAAUAUAUAAAGAAAGAAAGGGAAAAACAAACCUUUGACCGCCGCCACCACCUCUGCUAGUAUUACUAAUUAAGGGAAGCAGUUAGUGUGGACGGAUCUAUCUAUAAUUGAGGAACAACAUGCCCGUACGCAAGCAAGAUGCCCACAGGGCAUUAGAAUUACUUGAGGAUUACCACAGUCGCUUGACCAAGCCACAAGACAAAGCUCUAAAAAAUGCUAUAGAGAGGGUCAUCAGGAUUUUUAAAAGCCGUUUGUUUCAAGCCCUAUUAGAUAUCCAGGAAUUUUACGAAGUAACACUUUUAGAUGAUUCCAAGUCAACACAACAGAAGACUUUGGAAACUUUACAGAUUGCCAGUAAAUGGGAAAAGGAGCCACCAAUCACAAAUAGCCAACCCAAGUUCGACAAAACUCUAUCCCCAACUGAAGAGGAACUUCCACCUCCCCCACCGGAGUUGGCUGAAAAUAACCAAAGUGGCAACCAUCGCACAGCUACGCCACCAGUCAACAAUGCCGACCAGUCUGUUGCAGUUCCUGCAAGUAGUCAUAAUAAUGCCAUAACAGUUGCCACGGCAUCUAUCAACAAAUCUCUUGAUAUUGACGAUGUCGAUGCCAAAGAGCAUGUUGAUUUUGAACAAGAUUGGGAAUAUGAAGAAAUUGCUUUGGAGAGGGGCAAUACAGGAUUGGGGUUCAGCAUUGCUGGAGGUAGCGACAACCCCCACAUUGGAGAAGACCCAAGUAUCUACAUCACCAAAAUUAUACCUGGUGGAGCAGCUGCUGCUGAUGGCCGGCUAAGGGUUAAUGAUAUCAUUGUGAAGGUUAACGAUGCCAACGUUGUGAACGUCUCUCAUCAAACUGCUGUUGAAGCACUGAAGAAGGCUGGUACCAGAGUUGUCUUGUUUGUAAAGAGACCCAAUUCACUGGAAAACAAUCUGAUACAUAUAAAACUUGUAAAAGGGAACAAAGGUUUGGGCUUUAGCAUUGCUGGAGGUGUGGGCAAUGAACACAUUCCAAAUGACCACGGUAUAUUUGUAACCAAAAUAAUAGAUGGUGGGGCUGCUGAACAAGAUGGCCGUCUGCAAGUUGGUGACCGUUUGCUGUCGGUGAACUAUGAGGAUUUGGACAACGUGACACAUGAAGAAGCAGUUGCAGCUCUCAAAGCGACGUCAGAUGUUGUGAAGUUAGUGGUUGCCAAAUCCUCGUACAUACACGAUUCUGUACCUCUUGAUGCUCCUUCGCCAAGCCAAAUGAGAUCAGAAGAUGUACAAGACACCUCAAUUACUGCAGCAACCACCACCACCACGACCCUUCCCCACAAUACCUCGACAUUCCAACGACCAACUACUCCACGUCCACUGACAGAUCCUGACUCUCCAGAACCAAGAAGAAUAGUUCUAAACAAAGGCUCGACUGGUCUAGGAUUCAAUAUUGUUGGUGGUGAAGAUGGAGAAGGGAUUUUUGUUUCAUUCAUUUUGGCAGGGGGACCUGCCGAUCUCAGUGGAGAGCUUCGACGAGGUGACCAAAUACAUUCGGUAAAUGGCAUUGAUCUACGAUGGGCUACCCAUGAAGAGGCUGCAGCAGCCCUCAAGGGUGCAGGUGACACUGUAGAAAUUGUAGCUCAAUACAAACCUGAUGAAUACAAUCGGUUUGAAACAAAAAUUCAAGAUUUACGGGAACAAAUCAUGAACACAAGUACUGGCAGUUUACGAACAACACAGAAACGAACUCUUUAUGUCAGGGCCUUGUUUGAUUAUGAUCCCACAAAAGACAGCGGAUUGCCAAGUAAAGGCUUAGCAUUUAAAUAUGGGGACAUCUUACAUGUAACCAAUGCCAGUGAUGAUGAGUGGUGGCAAGCCAAACGUAUCACCCCAGAAGGGGAAGAAGAAGGAAUGGGUAUAAUCCCAAGUAAAAGAAGAGUCGAGCGUAAAGAGCGGGCACGGUUGAAGAUUGUCAAGUUUACUGGCAAAGGGAAUGAUAAGGUGGCAGCAGCAAAUGAAAAAAGGAAAAGCAAUUUCUCCUUCUCUCGAAAGUUUCCGUUUAUGAAGAGUAAGGACCAUAGCGGUAGUGAAGAUGUAAGCGCUGAUGAACAAGAAGGCGAUUGCCCUGGCCAAGGUCCUCCUGAGAAGAAACCAGGUGGAUUAGCCAGUGAUAGUAGGGAAGGUAGUCUUCGUGGUGAUGAACCUAUCUUAUCAUACGAAGCAGUCAUACAGCAGGAGUUGAAGUACACACGGCCUGUCAUUAUCUUGGGGCCCUUGAAGGAUAGGAUAAACGAUGAUUUGAUCUCUGAAUUUCCUGACAGAUUUGGCAGCUGUGUACCACAUACUACCCGACAACGGAGAGAGAACGAAGUUGAUGCCCGUGACUACCAUUUUGUUGCAUCUCGAGAGCAAAUGGAGCGAGACAUUCAAAACCAUCUUUUCAUUGAAGCUGGCCAGUACAAUGACAAUCUUUACGGAACUAGUGUUGCGUCAGUGAAGGAAGUUGCAGAAAAGGGCAAACACUGCAUUUUGGACGUCAGUGGUAACGCAAUCAAGCGGCUACAAGUAGCAGGAUUAUAUCCAAUCGCAGUUUUCAUCAAACCCAAAUCCGUGGAAUCUAUAAUGGAGAUGAAUAAAAGGAUCACAGAGGACCAGGCUAGAAAAACUCAUGAAAGAGCAAUGAAACUUGAACAAGAAUUUGGAGAGUAUUUCACAUCUGUCGUACAAGGGGACACAGCUGAUGAAAUCUAUGCAAAGGUCAAAGAAGUGAUCCGUGACCAGUCAGGACCAACAAUAUGGGUGCCAGCCAAGGAAAAACUCUGAAAUUCAUCUUUUAUGAUUAUCUAAAUUGGAAAAGAUUGAAAACAACAUGCAAAGCAAAGCAAAAUUUUCAAUAACAAUAUACAUGCAUAUAUAUAUAUAUAUAUAUACACAUACAUACAUAUAU